AUGUCUAUACCAGAUGGUGUUGUUCCACCUAAACCAAGCCAGGUUUGCAAGCUUGAAAAGUUCCUUUAUGGACUUAAACAAGCUAGUCGCCAAUGGAAUGCAAAGUUGACCAAUGAACUUUUCUCUCUUGGUUACAUACAAUCCUCAGCAGAUCACUCUUUGUUCACCAAACAGAAUCAUGGUUCUUUCACUGCCCUCCUUGUGUACGUUGAUGACAUGGUCUUGACUGGGAAUGACAUGAAUGAGAUACAACAUGUUAAAGGUCAUCUUGAUAAUCUGUUCUGUAUCAAGGACCUUGGCCCACUUCGGUUCUUCUUAGGCUUUGAGAUAGCUCGCUCUCAACGUGGUAUUGUGCUGAAUCAAAGAAAGUAUACCAUUGAAUUACUUUCAGAUGGUGGUUUAACUGGUGCUAAACCUGUGUCUACUCCCAUGGAGGCCACUAUUCGUCUAAGUCAGAAUCAAGGAGAGCCUUGUCAUGAACCAGCAGCUUACCGUAGACUUGUUGGACGCCUGCUAUAUCUUACAAAUACACGUCCUGAUAUAUCCUUUGCUGUUCAACAACUUAGCCAGUUUGUGGCUCACCCAAUGAAGCCUCAUUUUGAUGCUGCCAUGCGAGUUCUCAAGUACCUCAAAGGGUCUCCAGGCAAAGGAAUUUUCUUUCCUUCUCAAAAUUCCCUAAAUCUCUCUGGUUUUGCAGACGCUGACUGGGCUACUUGUCCAGACACUCGCAAGUCUACAACCGGAUUCUGUGUGUUUAUUGGUUCUUCUCUGAUUUCAUGGAAAUCUAAGAAGCAGAGUACCGUGAGUCGUUCCUCAGCUGAAGCGGAGUAUCGUGCUUUAGCCACCUUGACAUGUGAAAUGCAGUGGCUUACAUAUCUUCUACAUGAUCUUCACAUACCAAUUUCUGGUCCAGCCAUGAUAUACUGUGACAACCAGGCUGCAGUACAUUUAGCACAUAAUCCUACGUUUCAUGAGCGCAGGCUUGACUGCCAUGUUACACGUGAGAAGAUCAUCCAAGGCUUGAUUCACUUACUUCCUAUCUCUACCAAACAACAACUUGCAGACACUUUCACAAAAGCUCUCAAUCCUGCUCCUUUCCAAGAGUUUCUGUCCAAGUUGGGACUUUAUGAUAUUCAUCUCCCAACUUGA